AUGAUUCAUUUUAAUUAUGAUGGAGAAAGUGGGAAAUCUGGUUAUAGAGGAAGUAGUGGUUCUUCUGGUAGUAGUGGAAAAGAUGGAUAGAAUGGAUCUAAUGGAGGAUAGGGCUCUAAAGGAAGUAAUGCAUGUGCUUUAGAUUUGUAAAUGAGUGCUUAAGGAGAUCAAAUUGUGAUAAUUGAAACAAAUUAUUAGAAUAAAAGGACUACUUUACCUUUGGGAAAUAGCAGUAAUGGCAUUACAUUUUCUGCAUGUGGUGGUAGCGGAGGUAGAGGAGGAGAUGGAGGUAACGGAGGACGUGGAGGUGAUGGAUGUAGGGGAAAUGAUGCAACUCAAAGUUCAUGUGGAACUGAUGGUGGUAAUGGAGGAAAUGGAGGGAAUGGAGGAGAUGGAGGCCAUGGAGGAGAUGGUGGUAAUGGUGCUAAUAUAUCAGUCAGAGUAAAUUAAGAGGAUAUGGAUAUAUUAAUGAUUGUAGGUAGCUAUAUCUGUUAUGGAGGUGCAGGAGGUUCUGGAGGCAAAGGAGGCUUUGGAGGAAGAGGAGGAUCAGGUGGAUCUGGAGGAAGUAGCUAUUCUUGGACUGAAACUGAUAGCGAAGGAAAUACUAAUUCUUAUUCAAAUCAAGGAGGAAGAGAUGGACAUUCUGGUAUAGGUGGGCGCUCUGGAAAUAUUGGAAGGAGCGGGUAAAGUGGAUCAGAUGGCUCAUUUUACUAUGUAGUUUAAGGAAAUAAAUAUUAUAGUAGAUAUAAUUUAAGUAUUAAUAGUGUAGAAAAAGUGUAAUCAGAUGAUAAUAUUAUAGAACCAGGUGAGUAUUUGUAAAUAAAUUAAAUGAGCCUUGCUAACGAUGGAGGAAUGCCUACUCCUACUCAUUAAAGAAUUCAAUUAUCUUUAGUAAGUAAUUAAUACUUAACUUUUAAAUAGAGUGACUCUGUCUAUAUUGCUUAAAGCAUUAAUUCAGGUUAGAAAUAUCAAUUAUAGAGCCCACUCAAAUUUCAAAUUAAUGAGCAGCUCUAACCAGCUAUUGAUUCUGUUUUUAGAGUUACAACAAAUUUAAAUUACAAGGCUACAGUAGAAAGAGUGAACAAGUCAUUUGAAAAUAUUUCUAAAUAUGCAACUUAGUAUCAAAUCAGAUAUCCAGUUGAGUUAUCAGAAAUUUAAGUAUUAAGAUCAAUUCAAUUAAAAGAAGAGGCACCGAUCGCUUUUAGCAUAGCAAAUUUAUCAAGCAAGCCAAUAGGGUUCGAGACUAUAUCAAAAAGACUUUUGAAUAUUAGAGUAGUUUUAAAUAAUACAAGCUAUGUAGCUUAAUUUUAUCCAAAAGCAAUUAUCGAUUAAGAUAAAGAAAGAAGAAAUUCGUUGGAGAAAGCAAAUUUAUCCUACUCAAGUGAUAAUUAUAUCAACCCACAACCUUAAGAUAAUAUUAAUAUUUUACUUGAUUAAGAGUUUGUUACAUCCUUAAUGCCAAAUGAAAAAAAAAUAAUAAGUGGCACAAUUAAAUUCGUUGACUUAGAUCUAGCAUACAAUACUAACUAUGAGAUGUCUGUUCAUUUAGAUUUAGGUUACUAUCACAAUUAAUAAAAUUUAUACUAGACAAUUUAAACAAGAAAAUUUGCUAUUUAAUUAAGUCAGCCAUAUGAAAAUAAAGAAAAUUCAGAAUAUUUACUCAUAGUUAAUUCAGAAACUAAGAGAGCAUUAAUCGAGCAAAUAAAGCAGUUUGCUUAUUCUUUUGGUUCUCAUGUUGAUAUUUGGAAUAUAUCAAAUUAUCAAGGAUUUAAUUUUGAUUAUGUAGGUAAUGCUGACAAAUCUUUUAAAGAGCUUUAUAAGAAUAAGGUUAUAAUUGUUUUAUGCAAUGAUUAUAAAUUAAUAAACGGUGCUACCCAUAAUGCAGUCAAGCAAAUAGGAGAGAAAAAUAUUUAUAAUUCUAUAAAAUUCCAUUAAAUCUAAUACUAUAUCCUUGGCUAAAAAAAUUUGUAUGACAGCAAAUGGCUAACUUCAUAAAAUUUAGAUGACAUUAAUUUAUAUGAAAAGAAAGUAGAAGAUUUUGACAUAGUUAAAAAAAGAUUUUCAAGAAAUUUCUUAGAUACUUUGAUUAAAAGAAUGAAUGUUAAAGAGUAGGAGUAGUUAACGAUAAGAUAAUAGCAUCAAGCUUAUUAAUUUAACUACUUGGAAAAGCUUUACUGUUGUUGUGUUUUAGAGGAAAAACUAAUUUAACAGAGAUGCUAAAAAAUAUUAAAAGAAAUUGAACAAAAGAACUGUAGAUAUUACCACAAAAUUAUAUAUAAUUAUAGAGGUAAAAUUAUAGAGGAUUCAAUAUUUUCUAAAUUAUGUAAUAUUGGAUCAGUUAAAGUAGUCGAAGCCUUGAGAAAAGAUUAAGCAUAAGUUAUUGAAAGAAGUUGUUAUAUUGAACUUAAAUAAGAAGUAGAUUCUGUUGAUAAAUUUUGUCUGGUUAAACUUCUAUCUUUUGAAAAGAAGCUUUUGUUUUUUACAAGAUCACUUACUAAUGUUGAAAAUGCAAAACUUGUUAUUAAUUGUAUUCUUUCUGAUUUGGUAGAUGAAUUCAUUACUUAUUAAAAAUCAGGAAUACCUUCUACAGAAUAUCGCAAUUACAUGAAUAAAUGGAAUUAGGUGUAUGAAUUUUAAUUUUAAAACUAUUUUUAGAUCAAUAAAAAGUAGAAUAAAUAAGAUAAUUAUAAAGCAAACUUAGAAAAAUAAAAUAAUAAUGACUAAGCAAAAAUAAAAAUCAGGGAAUACUUCCACUCUUAAAUAUUCUAAUUUAAAAUAAGCUUAUCUAAAUAAUAAAAUUGCUUUUAAAAGCUUUUUUGCUGCUUUAGUUCGCUCUCUUCUCUGAUCUCACAUUGUAAUUAUAUCCUUGAUUCUAUUUCCUAAAAAUUAUUUCAAAGCAAAAAAGAAGUUAAAAAUUAAAAUGAAAUCAUCAAGUAUAUUAAUUAAAACUUACUUGCUUCAAGUUUGGUUCAUAUUUAGUAACCUUAUCUUAAUGAUAAAAAUUUAGAUAAAGAAGGAUUUUGUGUAAGUAAUAUUCACAUGAAUUCAUAAUUUUUAUCAAUUUAAGAAUAUGGAAUUUAUAAACAAGAUCCUUAUUAAUCUUUAAAUAGAAUAUAAGAAGGCUCAUUUUUUUUCCUUGAUGAAAAUAGUCAAUAAGUAGAUUAAAUUAAGAGAUAAUCAAAAAUAGAACACUUUGAAAGAUUGAUUAAAUUCCAAAAUGAUUGA